CAUGAACAUUACCAGACGUCAUCUGCAUUUCUCCAAGAAUCCUCUUCUAUCGAGUCAGACCCCUAUCAUCUGGCAGUUCUUAAGACAUCAAUCGUCCUUGAUUUCCAGACAUCCAAAUACAUCGCCUGUAGAAGACCGAAAGCAUCAACCAUCCCAAUUGCACCGCAUAUCAACCGUGAACCUCAUCCGAAACAUCAUCCUCGGCAAAGUAUUCACAUCGCCAGUUCUGUUCAAAUAUGGCGUGGCCUGUCUAUCCAAGAUAGCAAACUCGCGAUCAGCACUCCUGGAUCCAGACAGAAAUGCAUUGCUACGAGCUCUGAUCAAGCCGAUGAUAUACGACCACUUCUGUGCUGGCACAAACAAGCUUGAGAUCAAGAAGACGUUGAAUUAUCUCAAGACCCACAUGGGAUUCAAAGGCGUUAUUCUCAUUUACUCGAGAGAGAUACCUGCGAUGCCGGUAGAAGAGUUGCAGGAAUUGGAACCACUGAUUCAAGAUGAGGAUAUCGAUAUAUGGCGAGAUGGCAAUGUGAAGACACUAGACAUGGUUGAGCCAGGUGCCGGUCCCCAAGUCGCACAAGCACUAGCUCAAGGCAGAGAUCCGCCACAACAGCUUUUAGAUGCCAUGUCCGCCAUCUGUGAACGUGCCGCGGCGCAAGGGAGCCGCAUCUGGAUCGACGCUGAACAACAAGUUUUCCAACCCACGAUCGACCGCUGGACUGUUGAGAUGAUGCGACGCUACAAUAAUAAUGGUGAAGCCCUGGUAUCAUUGACUCUACAAGCCUAUCUAAAGUCAGCCAGAAGCACUCUGGAAAAAUUGCUACAUCAAGCCCGUGACGGGAAUUGGACAUUAGGAAUCAAGCUAGUCAGCGAAACCCGAUCUCUGAUCCACGACACAAAGACACAGACAGACGAAUGUUACAACAGCAUAGCCGCAGACCUCCUCACGAAAUCUUUCCCAGGCUUUACAAAGCAAGACUUUCCGCACGUCGAGCUGUUUCUCGCAGGUCAUAACUCAGACUCCAUACGCAAAGCCUUUGCCUUGUAUCAAGGCCUAUUGCAGGAAGGCGACACACCCCCACCCAUCAAGUUUGGACAACUCUUGGGUAUGGCCGAUGAUAUCAGCUGUGAAUUGCUAGCCAUGGGCGAUAACGCGGCAGAGCAGAGCAAGAAAGUUUUGUCAGCUCCAAUGGUGUACAAAUGCAUGAAUUGGGGAAGUGUGAGGGAAUGCAUGCAUUACCUCGUGCGAAGAGCAACAGAGAACCAAAGCGCAGCUCAAAGAAUGCAAAGCACUGUUGGUGUGAUGCAAAAGGAGUUACGUCGACGUAUAGGAUUU